GUCAUUGUCAACCCGGUGGUAGUGUGUUAAGUGUUAGGUUAACGUUAAUUCUUUAUAAAAAUAAAUUAUUUACAUACUAUUUAACAUAAAAACAGAAGUAUGCCUCCGAAGAAGGUUCAAGAACCUGAAAAGAAACCUCUGAUAGGUAGAGUUGGUACUAAUCUGAGGGUUGGUAUAGUUGGAGUACCGAAUGUUGGAAAAUCCACGUUUUUUAACGUCCUUACAAAAAGUUCAGCUGCUGCCGAAAACUUUCCUUUCUGUACCAUCGAUCCAAAUGAAAGUCGCGUACCGGUGCCCGACGAAAGAUUCGACUAUUUAUGCGAAUACUUCAAGCCUCUAAGCAAAGUACCGGCGUUUUUGAACGUCGUAGACAUCGCGGGUCUUGUCAAAGGAGCUUCCGAAGGUCAAGGACUCGGAAACGCUUUUCUUUCACACAUCAGCGCUUGCGACGCUUUGUUCCAUCUUUGCAGGGCGUUCGAAGACGACGACGUAACCCACGUAGAAGGCGAAGUGGAUCCGGUUAGAGAUUUGGACGUGAUCUGCGAGGAAUUGCGGUUGAAAGACGAAGACAUGUUGACGAAAAACUUGGAGAAACUCGAAAGGACCGUAGUCAGAGGCAACGACAAAAAACUGAAACCAGAAUACGAUACGCUAAUGAAAAUCAAACAAGUCCUUGUAGACGAAAAGAAACAUAUCAGAUUCGCCGAUUGGGAUUCCAAAGACAUUGAAAUCCUUAACAAAUAUUUAUUUUUAACGUCGAAACCUGCGAUGUAUCUAGUUAAUUUGUCCGAAAAGGAUUAUAUUAAAAGAAAAAACAAAUGGUUGAUCAAAAUCAAAGAAUGGGUCGACAAAAACGAUCCCGGAUCGAUAAUUAUACCGUUUUCGGGAGCGUUCGAACAAAAAUUGCUCGAAGAAUUCGACGAUCCACUAUUGCGGAAAAAAUAUCUAGAAGAUAACGCCACGACUAGCGCGUUGGACAAAAUCAUUGUUCAAGGAUACAAAACUUUACAAUUAGAAUAUUUUUUCACGGCCGGAGCCGACGAAGUUAAAGCUUGGACAAUCCAGAAAGGAACAAAAGCACCUCAAGCCGCCGGUCGUAUCCAUACCGAUUUCGAAAAAGGUUUCAUAAUGGCCGAAGUAAUGAAGUUUCAGGAUUUCAAAGACGAAGGUUCCGAAGCUGCCUGUAAAGCUGCAGGUAAAUAUCGACAACAAGGUAGGAAUUACGUUGUGGAAGAUGGCGAUAUUAUUUUCUUUAAAUUCAACGCCGGAGCUGGACUGCAGCAGGCCAAAAAGAAAUGAUCGACACUUCCCGUCACCCUAUUCGUUAUGGUGUUUUUGUACAUGAACAUGAUAUUUUUCUAUGCAAGCAUUAAUUGUUGAUAACCACAUCUAAUUCUCGUGUUUUAAUUUUAUGUAAUUUCUUGCUAUUUUCAUCGGAAAUAAAUGUUGCAUUAUU